AUUAUAACCUCCGUAUAUGGUUAAGACAGCGAGCUUAGUUAUAAAAUGCAUUUACGAAUGAAUCGUACAAUUUGAUUUUGUGUGUUUUAAAAACUGUUGAAGUUAUGAUGAGUAGUACGUGUAGCAUGACACUCGGCAUAUCUAAAGUAAAAUGGUGUUGUCUAAUAUUAUGAUUUGUUUUGUGUUUGACUGACAGUGACAGGUGGGAACAAAUGUUUAUUUAAUUUGUUUCUGAGUAAAUAACACGUUUACUCUAUUACUGUUAAAACUGUAGUAUUACUAUUACUAAUAGUACACACAUAUAACAAAUAAGGGGACACUUUAAAAUAGAAAAAGAAAUAAACUUCAAUUAUUAAAAGCUAGUAAAGGAAAUCGAGAAAAUGCACACGUCGGAUAUUUCUGCUAACAACAGUGUUCCUGCGUUUUUGACCAAACUUUGGAAACUCGUGGAAGAUAAGAAAUAUGAUGACUUAAUAUGUUGGCAUCCUAUGGGUGCAAGUUUUAUUAUUCGAAACCAAGCUCAGUUUGCCAGUGAAGUACUUCCUCUAUAUUUUAAACACAGCAAUAUGGCUAGUUUCAUUCGUCAAUUGAACAUGUAUGGCUUCAGAAAAUUCAGCAAUACAGAAUUCAGUGGUCAAAAAAGUGAGAGACAUGAAGUUGAGUUUUAUCAUCAGUAUUUUGUAAGAGGUCAAGAGGGUUUUCUGGAGUCUAUAAAGAGAAAAAUGCCAUCAGGAAAGUCCCCUGAAGAAAAGCAUAUCCAACAUGAACUCGUACAGGAGGUGCUCGGUGAAGUAAAAGCCAUUCAAAAUAAACAAGAAAAUGUUAAUUCCUUGAUUACCAGCCUGAAAUGUCAAAAUGAAAUGUUAUGGAAAGAGAUAGCCAUACAGAAGCAAAAACACUUAAAGUUGCAGUUAAUAGUUGAGAAGUUGGUGCAUUUUCUGGUAUCUUUGGUUCACCCAAAUCACGAUAUAAAACUGAAGAGAAAGUUGCCAUUGAUGAUAACUAAUGAAAGAAGAAAUGCCAAGCAGUAGCAAAGUCUCUCGAAUGAGUGAAGUUAGUAGUGAUACCAUUAACUUUAACCUAAGGAUGUCUUCAGAAAAUGCUCAGCUCUCAGAUGGUUUGACCAUACGUGACAUCACUGACUCACCAGACUUGGAAUUGAUAGCAGAACCAGAGAAAGAGCUUACAUGGAUCACUGCAAUAUCUUCUCCACAUGAUGCAAAAUCUGUUCCCGAAGAAAGUACAGAGAAAAAUGAUCUCAGUAACUCGCCAGAUUCAGAAUAUAUUGAACCUUUAUGUGUUUUGGAGGAAACAAAUUUGUGUAUUUCUUCGGUGUUAUCCCAAGCCAAUGAAUCAGAUGAUAUUGCUUGUACCUCUGUGGUCCAAAACCCUAUAACAUCACUAGACAACAUAGACAACAAUUUUGUGAUGAACUUUGCAGACCCAGUAGCUUUGUCUACUGUUAAAAAAGAACCUGAAACCUGGGAAUCACCUUCAGCAUCUAUUAAUACAAGUUGUGAUUUUAUGUCCAAUUUUCCUAAUACUACAUUCACAACUGAGGAGAACCUGGCAAGCAGCAAAACUACUGUGGUAUUGGAACCUACUAGUGUGGGCAAAGAAGUGGUAUUGACUAACUCUGAUUCUGAUAAAAAUAUGGAGAGUUUUAUUGACCAACUAGAAGGUAUUGAAACUGAACUCGACUGGCUACAACAACACUUAACUGGCAGUUCCUUCAAUAUUGAUCAGAGUACCUUGUCAGAGAUAUUCAACAGUGGGGAAGACUUCCUGUUGAGUCCCUUGACAACAAACAAUUCCAAUACAUCUGAGAAUUCUUCCAAAGAACAUAAUGGUAACAAAAUGAUUCAAUACAAUGACUUGGACUUUAAUGUUCCGGAUGUAAAUGAUUCUGCUACUGGCAUGACCUUAAUUUUGUCACCUGAUACACCAGCUAAUAAAGUGAAGUCAACAGGUCCAAAUGUUGCCAACAAGUGUGCUACUACUUCAGCAUUAGAUUUGGAUUCUAUUUUGUGUAACAAAGAGCAUUCUGACUAUGAUUUAGAUAGUGAGUUGUUGCUUUCUAAUAUUUUGGAAUUAUCUACCACAGAAUCCAAUAGUUGAUACUCAAGUACCUUAAGUUAUGUAAUAGUGAAAAAAUAAGAUUGUACAAUUUUAGAAGCAUAUUCAUUCAGAAAGCUUUGUACAAUUAAUUGUUCCAUUUGCUAUUGCCUCAAUGCAUGGAAAACUUUAACAGCAUUAACAUCUGCUGUGCAUAACAUAAAAUACAAGUUAGGUGUAAAAGAACUGAUAAUUGACACCUUAGCUUAAAAUAUUGCAUUAGUAAAAGAGGUAAGAUUUAAGAUGUUAUUAAAUUGAGAUAUAACAUGCAUGUUGCAGUUAAUAAUCUCCAUAAACAUGUUGGUGUUUUACGUAAGUGUCUUGUUUUGUAAAUUCAAGCCUUGUUAAAUAGAAGACCCAUUACUUAAUGGUAUGAACUGACCAGCACAGAAAAGGCUGGAAAUCAAACCACAAACUUGACUAUGCUGUAAAACUGUAUGCCAUGAAGCAUCACAAAUCUGAUCAUUGGUGAAGAAAUUAGCUCUUAAAUACCUCAAACUAGAGUCAGCUGUGUGUCAUUAUCCCCUCAGAUCUGGUGUUGCUAUUCUAAGUCCAGUUAGUAAAAUGCAAAUAGGUUUUAAAUACACCCACACACCUGAUGUAGCCUGUACAGAUCCAAUUAUUACAUCUAUCGACCUAUAGUUCAUACAGAUCAAAUUAUUACUCCCACAAACUUGAUGUAGCUCAUACAGAUGUAAUUAUAACACCCACAAAACAGAUGUAGUUCAUAUAUAUAUAUAUGAAUAAUGCAACUACAGAACUAUUAAAGCUCAUGCAGAUCUGAUUAUUACAUGCAUAAACUUGUAGCUCUCGCAGCUAUGGUUAAUACACCUGUUGAUUUGAUGUAGUUCUCACAGCUUUGGGUAGUACACCAAAGACCUGAAGUAGUUUAUACAGAAACAUUUAUUAACUUGUACAGUAAACCUGAUGUAAUGCAUACAUAUCUGGUAAAUAUACUGUUAUAUCUGAUGUAGUUCAUACAGAUAAGUUUAUUACAUCCUUAAAUCUAAUAUAUUUCAUACAGAUCUGUAUGAAAUAUACAGAUAGAGGUAUUUCAUAUAAAUCUGUUAAAUACACCUACAGCCCUUGAGUAGUUCAUACAUAUCUGGUUAAAACAUCCACAGACUACAAAUAUGUCUUUAUUCUGAAAGGAUUUAGUAAGUUUAAUUUUAAAUAUGGAAUUCAUUUAAAACUACAAAUCUGACUAUUCUGAAGGGAUUAUAUCAGAUUUAGUUUUAAAUAUACAGUUUAUUUAAAACUGUAAGUCUGAAUUUAUCAUAAAAGGAUUAGUAGACUUAGUUUUAAAUAUGCAAUUUAUUUGAAACUACAAAUAUGACUACUCUGGAAAGAUUAGUAGGUUUAGUUUUGAAUAUAAAGCUUUAUUCUAAGUUUAAGUUCUUAAACACAAUAAUACUGCUCUGAUUUUAAGUUUGAUUAUCUAUUAAUAUCACAAUCUUCAUUUUGAUUGUAAAAGUGUUAUUAAUAGAUAUCAUUAAUCUAAAAUAAUUUAAAUCUGUUUUACUUCCAGAUAUAGUACACUUUGUUUGUGAAUUGGUUCAUUAUCAUAAACUAUAUACUGACUCUUGUGCCAAUAAUGUUAUUGUCUUUACCAGUACUUUGUUCUUGGUUUUACAUUGUUAUCACCUUCAUAAUGUUGGAUAUUAGUUUCCUGUGGAUAUUAAUUUCAGUUUCAAUAAUAUGUAGUUGAACACUGAACAUCUUUAAAAAGUAUUUAACAACUAUUAAGAACCUUGAUAUCAUUUUGUACUGUACAGGAUGGCUUUUAUCCAAAAUACUUUCCCUGUGUUAUUAUAAGUGUUUAUGAUGUAUAUAUUUAGAAAGUGUACAAUUAUUAUUGUCAAACACAUCAGAAGCAAUUAAUUAUUACUCUAUUAGAUUACAGAGAAAUCCUGUUCAAGAAGGUUGCUCUUAUUAACAAAAUGUGUCUUAUGUAUGCUGGGUUUCUUGCAUGUUUACUUUUAAUAUUAGAACUUCUGUAGUUAAUUAUAAACAAACAUUUGGAUAAUGAUAGUAGUUUUUCUUCUUGAAUGUGAUAAUAUUUUGUUAAUAGAGUAAAUGAUAGAAAUAAAGCAUCAUGCUAUAGAGCACUUAGUUGAUUUCUAAAAAUUUAUUUUAAUUCACCAGUUAACAAGAAAUGUGUUUGAACAUAUUUUUGUGAAUGGUUUCAUUCUUCAAACACUUCCUCUUUUACAAGUUACAAUAUCAGAGUUUCAGAGUUUGUAUAAUGUGUAGUAUUAUAAAUAGAAAAUGUUACUUGUAAUUCUUGUACAAAUAAUUUCAAUUAUAUUAUGUAAGCUGUUACAUUAAUUUUGUUUUUAUAUUUUCUAAAGAAAAGUUUUUAAUAAGUUGUGGAAUGUGAUCAAAGAUGCUAUAUUACAGAAGUUUUAAUGCCCAGUCAUUAGUAGUUUUAGGUAUUUUAGUAGUUAUAUAUACCAUUCUUGAUGUAACAUUGUAUAAGAAAAAAUUUAAAUAGGUUAAAAAAAUUGUUUUUUUUUAUGAAGACAAAUAAGGUUAUAAAAUUCUUCAUAUAU